AUGUUUCGACGAACACUCUUGAGAUCAGGACAACCCAUCAUCCAGAGACCACAUCAAAUCUGCAGACAGGGAAAUGCAGCUGAGGCACCACCCAAUAGUUCAGGGGGACAGACUUCCACUGCUCAUCAAGAUAAGACGCAAGAUCAAACGAACAGUCUUCUUUUAGAUCAAUUGAGGGAGAAUACACUCACGAAUCAUGGCGACUCUUACGAUAUGAACAGCAUGACGGUCAACGAGAUGGAGAGCAAGUUGGAGUCAAGACUACAGAAGUUGGAAAGCGAUUAUCAAUUAAUAGAAAAUGAAAUCUGGAAGUUGGAAUAUUAUAGAGACCAAGAAUAUGCUGCAGAAGUGGUGUUUCUCAGCUCCACUCAAAAUGCACAACGUAAGAAGCAAAUAGCUAAUCCAAUCGAUGUACGAGUCAACGUAUACGAUCAAACCGGAUUAGCAUUCGACGUCAAUCUGUCAACAGCAAUGAAUCAAGCUGAUCGGCACCCUGCCUACUUUGAUAUCUGUUUAAAUACGGGUUUCGGAGCACCAAAGGAUCUCAUCAAUCGCUUACUUAAAUGGAAUAAGGCGGGGGAAUAUCAAGUUUACCGCAUCUUCGGUGAUCAUGGAGAAGCUUGGCACAAGGGCUUUGCUGAUACUUGUCCCAAGCCUUUCAAAACAUGGUUGUCGUCAAUAGUUUGUCCUCAAAAACUCGAAUCAGCUGUAUUUCAUGAUUCAUCCCCCAAUCUCGAAAUCCUUAUUCAGUAUCAAAAGGAACAAGUCAAGAAAUCUAUUCAAGAAUGGGACGAAGCUUAUACAGCAGACAGAUCAAAUUAUGGAAAGAAACGAAAGCAAUGUCGAAAGACAAUUGAAGAGGAUUACAGGGAGAGGGAAUUGAUCGCACGUAUCAAGGAAAAUUUAUUCCACGGGGUGAAGUUGGAUCGAUAG